AUGGCUGCCAAUUAUUGGGCGUCGACUCAACGUCGACAUUGGUUGUUUACGAAAGAAAGAUUGGCAGACAUUCGAGAGUCCUUUAGAGAGAGAGACAAGCCCGCGCAUUCGCAGUUUCCUCUGCCGGAUCAGAGGCUGCUCAACAUCUACUUUAGUCAACAACUCAUAAAGCUUGGAAAGAGGAUGUCAACUAGACAGCAGGCCCUCGCCACGGCUCAAGUAUACAUCAAACGGUUUUAUACUAAGAACGAGAUAAGACAUACAAAUCCGUAUCUGGUGGUCACCACUGCAUUCUAUCUCGCUUGUAAGAUGGAAGAAUGUCCUCAACAUAUCCGGUUUGUGGUCGCAGAGGCCCGUAACUUUUGGCCCGAGUUCAUUGCCCCGGACGUGUCAAAGCUAGGUGAAUGCGAGUUCGCUUUGAUAUCCGAGAUGAACUCCCAGCUCAUCGUUCAUCAUCCAUAUCGGACUUUAUCUGAGCUCCAACCGGAGCUAUCGCUUACAUCAGACGAAGUAGCUCUGGCAUGGUCGGUAAUCAAUGAUCACUAUCUUACUGAUCUACCAUUACUAUAUCCACCUCAUGUGAUCGCGGUCAUGGCAAUCAUUGUUGCCGUUGUCUUCAAACCGAGCCAGACGAGUUUCCAUGGGACUGCUGCCCCAUUGGCCGGAGCGAUGCGAGAUGGAGGGAUGAAUAUCCUCGCAGCUUUGGGAGAUAAGAAUGGCGCUGGCCCGCCUCUCCGAAUUCAGAAACUCGUUGGCUGGCUUGCCGAGAGUGAGGUUGAUAUUCGAGCUGUUAUUGAAUGCACCCAAGAGCUGGUGUCUCUAUAUGAGAUCUGGGAGAAUUAUAGCGAAAAGCACUGCAAGGAGCUUCUUGGCCGGAUGGUGAAGAGUAAGAAUCUGGACAAGUGA